CCUCUCUCUCGCUGGUAUAAAGAGAGUCAGAAUCGUUCCCUUAGCUCGCAUUAGGGUUAACAUGGCCGUUUAGACCAUUCUGAAUUGGCAAUAAAGACAACAGCAACAGUUCCGGGACGUGGUUCAAUCUCACGAUCAACCAGGGGACAAGCACGUUUCUGCCGGAGAAACCACCUCUGACUUACACUUAGUGGCCAUAGCGGCCCAUCCCGGAUUUGGGCCUCUUUUCAUGUUCACAGCAGACAGAACAAGUUUCAUUAUUCCCUGGAAGUCUCCAAACAUAUCCUUUUUUAAAACACUUUACAUAAUUUUAGUGACGUGGAUGUCAUUGGCAUUUAUUUUUGCCCAACUUUAAUUGUCCUUUGAGGUGAUGGAGUUGACCAUCCCUGUCUACCAAACUGGACACUUAACUAUGGAAUGCUUUCACCUGCUGAUAACCCUAAGCCUAAGAAACUGUGUUAUCACUACCCAGAGAAGUAUUAGUUAGCAGUACAAUAUCUCCCAAGCACUUUUACAGAAGAAAACUACAGUUUACAGAAGCUUGGCCUAGGGUUGUGCGUGUUCUGUAUGUGAUUCUUCCAAUUCACAUCUUUGCACAUAUUUGAAACCGAAAAAAUCAAGAUGGUGCUGGAUGAAUACUUGUGGAUGGUGAUAGUUGGCUUCAUAAUAGCCUUUAUUCUCGCUUUCUCUGUGGGUGCAAAUGAUGUGGCUAAUUCUUUUGGUACUGCUGUGGGCUCUGGUGUUGUGACACUGCGCCAAGCCUGCAUCCUGGCUUCCAUUUUUGAAACAACUGGGUCUGUACUGCUUGGAGCAAAGGUCGGAGAAACUAUCCGGAAGGGAAUCAUCGAUGUCAACAUGUAUAACGGAACUGAGAAAUACCUCAUGGCUGGUGAAAUCAGUGCAAUGAUUGGUUCUGCAAUCUGGCAACUCAUUGCUUCAUUUUUGAAGCUUCCGAUAUCGGGCACACAUUGCAUUGUCGGAGCCACCAUUGGUUUCUCGCUUGUUUCAGUUGGUGCUCGGAGUGUCCGAUGGGUCCAGCUCAUCAAGAUUGUUGCCUCCUGGUUCAUUUCCCCGCUUCUAUCAGGGAUAAUGUCUGGAGUUCUCUUUAUCCUAAUUCGAUUCUUCAUCUUGAAAAAGGAAGAUCCUGUGCCGAAUGGCCUACGUGCACUCCCGCUGUUUUAUGCUGCUACUGUAGGGAUAAAUGCCUUCUCAAUCUUGUACACUGGAGCACCAUUGCUGGGAUUGGACAUGUUCCCCGUCUGGGCAACGGUGCUAAUCAGUCUUGGUGGAGCGUCGCUGGCUGGACUCGUGGUGUGGCUGUUGGUUUGCCCCUGGAUGAAGAGGAAAAUUGAAAGUAAACUAAAGGUUAAGGUGCUGUCCAGACUUUCAAAUGAGAGUCUUGAUAAAAGCCAAGAUGAAGAAACACCAGUAUUUAAAGAACUGCCUGGUGAAAAGGCAGCAGACGAGUCCAUGCUACCUCUCACUGGUGGAGUCAGUGAGGCAUGUGGUGGUGCCUCAGAGAGCCAUGUUAUCGCUGCAACGACGGGAGUUUCAAAUGGUAGAGCUGCAUCCCUUACGAAUGGCACCUUAAAAUCUCCUUUUUCAAAUGGUACAUUUAAUUUUGAAGGGCACUCGAGAAGUGACGGCCAUGUGUACCACACAGUGCACAAAGACUCUGGACUAUACAAAGAUCUCCUACACCGGAUGCAUUUGGAUAAGAUCACUGAUGAUCGGACACAACCGGAGAGCUCUUCCUACAGACUUCUCCGCCGCAACAACAGCUAUACCUGCUACACUGCCGCUAUCUGCGGCAUGCCGGUCCAGCCAGCCUUCAAGUCCUCCGAUUUUCUGGGGGUGGAAGACAAUGAAAAGCUGGUGGAUGAUGUGGCCACCUACUCCAAGAAACGGCUUCGUUAUGACAGCUAUUCCAGCUACUGCAAUGCAGUAGCUGAAGCAGAGAUUGAGGCAGAGGAAGGAGGAGUGGAAUUGAAGCUGGCAAGUGAGCUGAGUGAUCCCCUGCCACCACCACCAGAGAAUGCUGCGGAUGAAGACGGGGAGGAGAAGGAAAAGCCCCAAGUCCAUUUGCUCUUUCACUUCCUUCAGAUCCUUACAGCUUGCUUUGGGUCAUUUGCACAUGGUGGUAAUGAUGUUAGCAAUGCAAUUGGCCCUCUGGUUGCUCUUUGGCUGAUCUACCAAGAAGGAGGUGUGGUGCAGAAUGCCUCCACGCCGAUCUGGUUGCUGCUAUAUGGUGGCGUGGGCAUCUGUACUGGUCUCUGGGUCUGGGGUAGGCGAGUCAUUCAGACCCUGGGCAAAGAUCUCACUCCCAUCACCCCAUCUAGCGGGUUCACUAUUGAGUUGGCUUCGGCGUUCACAGUUGUGGUUGCUUCCAAUGUUGGACUUCCUAUCAGUACCACACACUGCAAGGUUGGAUCUGUGGUGGCCGUGGGCUGGAUCCGAUCACGCAAAGCUGUGGACUGGCACUUAUUUCGUAAUAUCUUCCUGGCCUGGUUUGUGACUGUCCCAGUCUCUGGUCUCUUCAGUGCUGCUUUUAUGGCACUCUUUGUAUAUGGAAUAUUGCCAUAUGUUUAAAUUGUGUGUUUAUUAAGAUUUUUUUUUAACCAGCAGUGUGAGGUGUCUCCUCAAUUUAGCAGUCCCAACCCCCUCCGAAAAGCUGGUUUAUUCCUUUUUCUGUUUGCUGUUUAAAGAGGAAGUAAACAGCUGUAAGUUAAUUUUGUAUUUCCAUCUUAUCUGUUUUCUCAGACUGUAUAUUACACUACAUAUGCUCAUUUUGAUAAUUUGGUAGCUGGUAAUGGCAAAGCCCUAUUUCAUGGUGUACAUGAAAUGGUGCACCUGUAAAUAGUGCUGCCCAAAUCAUGAUGUUUGUUGAAUGGAUUGUAAUACUUGGAAGAUUUGCCCUCAUUGAUGUAAAACUGCUGUAUAUAUUGUAUUAUUAAUCACUGAAAACCUUUUUUGGACCUAAGAAUUAAAAAACAAUUCUCUGCUGUGAUUUAGUAAAAUUGUCCUUCUGAUCUGCAAUAAGGUACAAAACCCAUAUUCUCAAUAAUUAGCAGAUAUUUUUUACAAGGCACAGGUCUCCAUGCAUACUCUGCAUGCUGCAAACAUCAUCAUUAGAAUGAGGAGAGAUUCAUUGUGAUAGCUUUCAUGGAAACUUAACUAAAGAUUGAUAGUUGUAUUAUAUUGUAAUUUCCAUUGUAAAUACUAUCUAUAAAAAGAGAUUUGGUUUGUUUGUGUUUUUUUUUAAUUAGUACACUUCACUCACACAUGUAAGACUUCAAAACACUAUUGAAUGUACCAAAGAUUCAAAAAAUAAAGACGUGUCAGUA